CAACCGGCUGGUGGGCGUGUCCUAACGAACCCGAGGUUCAUUCAUAACUACGGUCAGCUUUAGGAGGAAAAUUAAAGGCAGCUAGUGAAGAGCCGCAUGAAUCCCAACUAGGAAGCGCACACUCUCGCCAGGACCAUGAGCGAUGAGCCACCUCUGCUGACCACCCUCACGGAGAACGCCACUGAUGUGCCACUGGCAUCAGCCAGGCCAGAUAACUAUGUGCUGCUGUUGGUGAUGCUGUGUGUUUUUGCUGGUGGAACGCUGGUUCUGCUCUCUGCUCUCCUCAUCUUCUGCCAUCGCUGCUGUCAGAGUGGACGGCGUUACUCGAGGGCCAGCGAUGACUUGGAGAAAACCAACACCACAUAUGUGGAGGAGAGUCAACCUACUCAAGACAUCAUCAUCAGGAUGGAAAGCACAGAUACACUGUCCACCUCCAGCUGUCACGGCGACGAGAACACAGAACGCUUCCAGUCAUCUGUGUAUACGGGCCGACGGGUCUCCUUCAACGAGACGGCUAUCUACGAGCAGAGCAAGAAGAACCAGGAGAAAGGCCGAAGGUAUACUCUUACAGAAGGUGAUUUCCACCAUUUGAAGAAGGCUCGUUUGACCCAUUUGCACAUUGCACCUCCAGCACUGAACAUCCUGACCAUCAUGGAGUGUGAUUCGCCUGAGAACAGCAUCAGCCUGCGAGAGCAGCUGCAGCACAAACCGUCUCUAUCUAUUUUUCAGCUUGGUGAGGGCACCCUGCCUGAAUCUCAAGUGCCCUGGAACAACCAGAGUCCAAGCUGUGCUCUGCCUGGAGAUACACUAAACUCUGUUCUGGAUACCAACUUUAUUUCCAACACGAAUGAAGGAAGCUUUAAACCACCUCGAUCAAGAACACAGUCCCACUCUUUGUCUCAGAUUGAAGCAAUUGGAAGUGCUGCUUUAAAAAUGGAGAGCAACCCAGGAUCCUCCCAAAUGGCAGGAGCCUGUGGAGCAUCUGGAGGAGGAGGAGGAGGAGGAGGAGGCAGCUCAUCUUCAGGGCAGGGCACCAUGCUGCACUUCCUGUCCCGACUCAGGCGACAUGCGAGUCUGGAGGGAGCCAGCAACUAUUUCACCAUCAAAAAGUGGAAGUUAGACAGCAGUAACAGAGCAGCCAGCUUGGACCUGAGAGGUUCUCCACGGAGGCGAGCAUUUCAAAGACAGAGAGCAGCAAGCGAGACUCUGGAACAGGGGGAGGUGGACAUCCAACAGCCAGGAGCAGGUGGAGGAAGUGAUUUUUUGUUACAUGUCGAACCCCCUCAGCCACAAGGUGACACCCCACGACGACUCUCUGCUGGUUCUUUAGAGUCAUCAACUACUGGCUGUCCACCCCCACCGGCCCCGCUCAGGAGGUUAGAGAUGAAGGCUGUGUUGGAAGCAAGUCCAAGGGCUGAAGAGUGCAAGACUCAAACAGAAUGUAAAAUACCAGAAUCUCUUGGCCCUCAAGGGGAGAAAGAAGUAGAGGAGGAUGGAGAUAAUGGGGAGAUCAUACUAGGAGCAACAGGAGGAGAAGGGACUAGAAAUGGAGGUGCCUCUGGAUUUGGGUUCGUGAACAGACAGGAAAGCCUGGAGCAGCCCAACAUGUACCAGGACAUCUGGAGCCUACGAGCAUCACUAGAGCAGUAUGCUUCUUCUGACCUGAGCAGCAAUGACAGAGACUCCACACGCAGUGAUGCUGAUAGUGUUUGUUCACUAGGGGCCCUUGGUGCCUCCAGAACAGGCAUGAUUAUUUACCAAUCGCAAGACAUAGACGAUGAGAUUGAUGGGGAUGGUGACCUUCCAUAUGAUGAUGUCAGAGAGCUUAGCGGAAGAAGGAAUGGCAGGGACAGUGUGGACUCAGAGAGAGGCAGCGACAAUGAGGCUGGAAGCAGGAAGCUUCUGCAAAUGGACAGUGGCUAUGCUUCCAUUGAAGCCCCAUGCAAAGCUCCAGAGGAACUACGGCUGUUUGGAAGCACUUCUGGCAAGACAGCGUCAGAACGCCGCCGGUUCUUUACAAAUGCUGGCCGCAAGGAGACAGUGUGUGAAAGUUUCGAGACUCGACUGUUCAAGGAGGAGCUUGAAGAUGAAGCUUCAGAAAGCAGUAUUAGUAUAGAAUCAGAGGGUCCUUGUAACACACCACAGAGGGAGCCGAAUGUCUCACUUAGAGAAACACCAGUAAUGGCGGCAGAAUCCAAACCCAGGCCGCGUUUUCGUCGCAGAGACUACAGCAUCGAUGAAAAGACAGAAGCCCUAUUUAAUGAAUUCUUACGGCACGAUCCACAGUUUGACCAGCAGGGUUCACCUUCUCUACGGCACAGACAUCGCUCUCGUAUUCACCUGCGCAAGCAAUGGCAACGCACCAAGCAGUAUAGUGACCCCGGAGCUGCUCGCUACUCACCAUCCCUGGAGAGACAGCGCAGUUAUGCACUGCGGAGAGGAGACAGUGCCAACUAUCCAUUGGAUACACGGUACCACAGCACCCUACCGCGUAUUGCUAGUGCUGCAGAUGAGGAGGCCAGUGAGGGAGCAGCCAGUGAAGGCACUGAAUCACCCAAAGCACAGGGCACUGGUCCAACUCAUGAAGACAACUCCAACAGCAGUAACAACAGCAGUCCUGUGGUAAAGUUACAGGAGGACCAUCCCACCCUGCUGUUUUCCACACCCUACUUUACAGAGACACAAAGGUGGUCAGUCACAGACCCCAGUGAUAUAGAAACAGCUAACAGCCAGUGGAACACGGGCAUUCACAUUCCAGAGAACAGGUAUCAGCAUAAGGACCCUAUGGACAAAAGCUACACGCAUAGUGUAGUGGAACCCAGUCCGGCCGAUAAACUGGUGAGCAGUCUAGAUGAACGACUAUAUUCCAGCCUGAGGAGGACUCAAGGCAGCCAGGAAUGCAUGGUGACUAUGAAGCACACGUCCCCAGAUCUGAGCCAGCACUGAGUACAGGAGAGAGGAAUAAUAUGAAUUUGUGAUCUUAAGGCUAACCCAAUUACAAACUACCAUAACCUCAACCAUUUUUGGAUAAAUAAUGCAUGUCUGUUCCUUCAUAAUGCAGGGAUAAGUGGGUAUGGUGCAAUCUCAAACUAGGAACAUCUGAAAAUGUCUGAAAAUGUAGUAAAAUCCAUAUGCAGAAAAUUAUGAUUAAAAAAGAUGGCUAGUUUUUUCCUGAAUAGGUCAACGUUAACACCACUUACACACAACACUGUGAAACUAGGUAAAAUAGGGUGUUUUUUUGAAACAAAUUACAGGGCAGUUCAGAGUAAUAAUCACAAGUGUCUACUGCACUUUUGUUCAUUACAAAUUCUGAUAAAAAUAUCCAGCGGUUUUCUCUCAAUGAAAAACAUCAGACAGGAUUAUUUCUUCCAAAGGAAGUCAGCAGUUCUUGAUAAGUUAAUUACUCUCAAAUAUGUUUUUUUUUUCUUUUUUCUUUUCAAUCCAAUGCUAUUCUGGAAUUGUAACCAUACUGCAAUCCUAGCACUCCAUUCUGUUCAAUCACCGCUUUCAUGUAUUGCUGAUUCAUAAUCCUCUUUCCUCAUUCAUGUCUGAGAUUAAAGCAUUUCAUCCACAAAUUAUUUCCCCCAUUUGAAGAUGAGUUCAAAAUCAGUCUAAAUAUUAAUCCGAAACAACCGAAGCUCACCACUAACCAUUGCUUUUGCCGUGUUGAUGAUAAAGGCUGCAUUACAAAUACAAUAUUUCAUGAUCUUGUGGUUGCAGACCAAAAUCACUUAUAUAAGAAUUCUUUGGCUGAGAGUUGGUAAAACUAGAUCGCUUAAUAUCAUGUACUUACCAGCCAGUUUGCAACCAAAGACACUUGAUUAACAACGUCUACUACUUGCUGUUCAGAUCUGCAUCAAAAACUAAACGUCAUUAAUAAUAGUUUUCACAUUAUCAAAUUGUAGGAUUAUGAUGUGAGAAUUAUAUCAGAUAUUGCAGAACAUAUGAACAUGAUUAAGAGAAUUUGACCAAGAUUUAAUUGCCAUCAUCGCAGUGUGAGACAAGACUACUGUUAUCACACAGGGUAAAGCAGUCUUAACACAGCAUGUCAUAUUGGUGAAGGGCAGCCUCAUAAAUAAAAACAUCAAUAAUACAUUGAAAAUAAGGAGCAAGGGAAAUUAAACAGCAGUUUUUCAGAUGUCCUUGAUGGUAUGAUACUGGCAUCAAUCUUAGGAGGUGGGCCAGUGGAGUCAGACAUAUUUCAUGAUUCUGGCCAAGUUGUCAAAUAGUACACUUUCUAUUUUAUACCCUAAUGUUAUUUAUUGAUCUUUUUUUCAGUUCUAAUUAUCAUAUUUAUUAAUGUCAUAUGUUCUAUUAAGAAACCUAAUAGAGCUAAGCAGAUGUUAUUCAUGACUAAAGGGAUGAGUAAAUGGCCCAGAGCUUGGAGAGUGAUUUCUGAAAUCGAUUGUCCAUAUCAAAAGUCUCAACAUAAAAAAACAAACAAACAAACAAAAAAGCUUGACAUUUUAUUAUUUUUUUUAGAAAAUCUUGCACUAAACUUGAAAUAUGCUAGAAGUAUUAGCUACAGUAAACUGGAUGACUUCAUAAAUUACCAACUUUAAUGAACAUUAAAUUACUACAGGGGUUUAUAUGAUGGAAAUCUAGGCUGUUUAACAGAUUCUCCAUUGAAGCACCUUAAACACGCAUGUUCGUUGCACACUAGUCCUUGUGGACAUAAAACUGUCAGAGAUCGAUGAUAACCCCCCAUCUCUCAUUUUCCUUCUCUACUAGCUCUUUGUUCUCAUAUUACAUAUUGAUUAGCAGCAAAGAAAAGACAGCCCUUAAACAGUGAGGAGACAGAGUAUGUUUCUGCUGCCUGGGUUAGAUAAUGUAGCGAUAGGAACUUCAGAAACUUACAUUAAGGAGACUGGAAAUGGUCACGUAAGGGUUUAUAAAAGAUCUACAAAAAAUGAUGCAUUACAUCACAAAGCACAUGGCAGAUUUUAGUUAGCUGUACUUCAACCCCUUUAGAAAAAAAUCUUUUCAUCAGUAAAAAGUAAUUUGGGGUAAAGCAUUUAAUUGAAAGUGAAUAUCCAGCCAGUGUAAAAAGGACUGAGUCCGUAUGUACUCUAAACUAAAUGAUUACUAUAUGUAACGUUACAUUUGGAAAUGAAUCUAGCUUGCAUUUGAAAACAUGAAUGUGUCUAAAAUUUAACAGAGUCCGAAAUGUAGAGCAAUAAAAGUUUGAAGUAUAUAAAUGAAAUACUCUAAAUAUGUACUGAAGAACCGUAGUCAUGUGUUCCAUGAUUUCGGCACUAUUGUCUGCGUAACACUUACAAACAAAACAUUGUUUUAGAAAAAAGUAUUUAACCAAUCAAAUUGUGUCUGGCAACAUUUCAUUUUUACAAUGUUAAUCUGUUGAUGGCUACAUUUUGCUAAUAAAUAAGUACGAGGGUUGAAUAGAAUCCAUGCAACCAGCAUGAUGACGUUCGGGAUUUGGAAUGAUUUGAAUUUCAAAUGAUUUAGGUUACUAUUCUUUUACGAAAUACGGUUUUUCCUUCAAUCAUUAAUCUGGGUAAGAGCUACACUUUAAACGUGAACCCAUCAAGUCAAUAUCAAAAUAUAAAUAUAAAAAAUUGCCAAAUUUCUUUACCCCAAUAAUCAUUGAGGAAUUUGGAUGAUGCAACUAUUAGGAACUAAAGUGUCCAUUUUUUUUAAUACCUAUAUGAAUGACUCACGGGAAAGUGAUUUUUAAGCACUAUAAAUGGAUUCACACAGUUGUACAGCUGACACUUUUAUCUGUGUUUAAAAAAAAAUUGUUACCUGUACGUCAUCAUUUGUAAAUGUAAUACGAGUGAUAAGUGCGAAAGGAUAAGUGAAAAGAUCAUUGCUAUGGUAACAGCAGUAAGCUAAGAGGUCACGGCACCAACUCUGACACUCCCAUCUGUUUAGGGAACAGUAGUCCCUUCAACUCCUCCCAAAAAAAUGAUGCUUAAUCCAUUUAGAACAUAGUCUGAUGUAACCUGCCUCCUACAUUUGAAGCAUUUACUGUUCAUCUCAUUGUAGACUAACUCUUCUAACAAAAGCCCAGGUAGACAUCUAAAGCAAUACUUCAUUUAUACCAUGUGUCAUGUCAGAUAUUUCUCUGUCUGUCUCUUUCUCAAAUGGAACAAAUAUCUGAUGUAUAUGUGCAAGUUCUGACCUGAACCCCAUGUAGGUGCUUGAAGACGAUAGAAUAUCAGCCGGUCUUCAUGAUACAUGGAUGAACGAACCCACUGCUGCACUCUUGUGCAGUUCUGCAUGUGAGAAGAAAGGAAAUCAUGACAUCGGUGUUCUCUGUCGAUUCAAUGCUAUUAAAACUCCUCCCCUCUUAAUUUUACCAGAAUAAAUGAUCAUGCUUUGAUCCUUCAUUUGCUCA